AGAUUUGAUACGGUUGCGACCUGGAGGCAGUAUGAUGUAGCGUGCUAGCACUCGCGCCUCUUUGAACAAGAUCCACAUGCACAUAGCUUUAAUCAUUCUCGCUUCUCGCUAGACUGUAUCAGGCGACACACCGAAGUAGACGUUUUGUGAAAAAUCAAUGAGAGCGAGGUAACAAACCCAAACGAGAACUUCGCGGUUGAGUUCUCAUCCGGCCGGCCGGCCGGAUGAGAACUCAACCACAUCAGCGGCGGAAAUCGACCGGCUGGUCGUCCUGGUCAAUUGGCCCGCCAUUCGCUCGGGCGAAAGGGGGGGGGGCGGCCUGCGGGAGACCGACGCCUCCCUCACUCCACUUUCGCCGGGGGCCGUGUGCAACACAAAAACGCUACGCGCGCCUGCUGUGAAUACAGAGAAGCUACGCUAUGCAGCGGGGCAGAAGUUGGAAAAUUUUAAAGGUGGCGCAUUGUGCGCGCCCGCCGCGGGCGCGCUUUCAUAGUUGGACUGCGCUAUGCCUUUUGGCUUCUGGGUGGAAUUCGAAAGAAUUGAAUGCAAAAACAUUCGCGGGGCUCGCAAACGCAAUAGGCAAAAUUUCGCGGGGCGCGCAACGCGCGCCCGCUAUACGUUGCAAUCGCCGGCCCAGAAAGCGCGUCCGCGCGCCUCUCCGCUGGCUCAUGCUUGCUUCGGCGCAACAGUUGGCAGAUGCGCCGGAUCCGGGUCGGACGCGCUUCGCGCGUCCACCGACUUGCGUGAUGGGAGGCGGGGCCUCGCUCGGCGCGCCGGGCAACCAAUCUCCGACGCGCCGCGCGCGCUGCCCUUUGUUUCUGCCGGCGCCCGAAUCCUGCGGCGCGUCGGGCUCCAAAGCUGCCCCCACCCGAUAGCAGGGACAAUGCAAAUGGCCUGGGCCGCGCUUAUGUGUGCCUCCGCCGGGCUACUGGCGCCCUAGCAAUCUUUAUCGUUUCCCACACGCGAAGGCGGCGCAGCAGGAUGGCCCGCGCGCGCAAGUUGUACGCUGUUGCUUUGCUUCCUGGUGGGGUUCGUCGGCGCCCGGCCGCAGCCGGCAUGGUCACUCAGCCAGCGCUGCGCGCCCGCGUUGGGCUGUGCCCCCAUCCUCUGGGCCCCCAGGCUUAUCGUCUUUUCCGGCGACUCGCAGUAGAAGUAGCAAACAACGCAGCUUCUGCUUCUUGGCUUUAGGCACUUGCCGCAGCUUUUGCAUGACAAAGCUCGGGCUUUUUGCGUAGAAGUGAAACUGCGCAGCUGGGGGGUGACAAUCAAGAAGAAGAGUGAGGCCGUCGACCAGGAGGGAAGAAGGGGACCCGGACGACCGGCCGGCCGAUUUCAAUCCGCCACAGAUGUGGUUGAGUUCUCAUCCGGCCGGCCGGCCGGAUGAGAACUCAACCGCGAAGUUCUCGUUUGGGUUUGUUACCUCGCUCUAGACCAAUUUUUGUAGUGGAAGCAGUUCUUGAUGUGUAGACAUACUUACUCUGAAGAAGAAGACAUAUUAACCAUAUUAGCCACAUCCCUGUUUCUCGUGUAAACUUCUUCUGCUGGAAAGAUUCCAAAUAGCUCCCGUAUGACCGUCGGCACCAGUAGUAGCAGCAUGAAGAGCGCAAUGAAGAAGCAGCCCAUGGCCAAGGGGGCCUUUGUCCCCGAGUCCAUGGAGGUCGCGGACGUGCUUAACUAUUUCGAAACGGACCUGGAUCAGGGGCUAAACUCUGAGCAGGUGGAGGAACUCCGGGCGAAGUACGGCCCGAACGAACUGGCCGCGGAGUAUCAAAUGUAAAAAUGUCUGGGUCAGGAAGAAUGCAACUUGUGAUGCUGAAUUUGGAUUCCAAAAAAAUCUGUAUUGCAUGAGCAGCAAAGGGAAUGCAAUUUUUGCUACGCGGAGAGGGCAUUUGUCAUGCGGAAUAGGCAUCGCGAAGCCCUCAAAAAAGCUGUGAUGCUAGGGCAUGCAUCACAGACAUCAUGGCCAAUGCAAAACAUGCAUGACAAGUCUCAGAAUCUUCCAGACCCAGACAUUUUUACACUUGAUACGGAGGAGGGCAAGAGCAUUUUUGAGCUGAUCAAGGAGCAGUUCGAGGACCAACUCGUAAAAAUCUUGCUUGGGGCCGCAGCCGUGUCCUUCCUCUUGGCCUUCUUCGACGAAAGCAGUGCGGAGGAGGGCUUCGCCGCCUACGUGGAGCCACUGGUAUAGAAUUUCGAUCGUUAAGUACCUUGGAGUAGCUUUCGCGUCGUGUUCUGCAAAAAUAAACGCAGUUUAUUAACCUGUGCCACUAGAACUAGUUGCAUCUGUAAAGAAGUCCCGCCUGCUUGCUCCGCUCGGAUAUGAAAAGUGCAGCAGGAGACAACUGUUGAGAUGAAAAAGGUAGUAAAUAGGAUACGAUCCGUUCUUCAUCGCAGGUAAUUUUGCUGAUUUUGAUCGCGAACGCGUUCGUGGGCGUGUACCAGGAAAAGAAGGCCGACAACGCGCUGGAGGCACUGAAGAAGUUGCAACCGGAAACCGCGUUGGCGCUGCGCGAGGGGGGAUGGGUGAAACUGGAGGCGGCCGAGCUGGUGCCCGGGGACAUUGUGGAACUGCGCACCGGCGACCGCGUACCCGCGGACAUGCGCGUCGCGCAACUGAAGACCACCACGCUGCGCAUCGAGCAGUCCUCGCUCACCGGGGAGUCACAAAGUGUUGUCAAGGACACCGAUGCCGUCGCCGCUUCAGAUUUGCAAGGUAUUAACUUUUAGCGAUUUUGACAAAUUUCACUAGCUACUUCCUUGCUGUUUUCGCGCUGCUGCGCAUGGUUUUUGAUACCCUGUCGGGUGCAUGGUUUUCGCUACACUGUGUGGUGCAAUGGCACGUUACAAAAAAUUCAAAAGUGAAGUAAUAAUCUAAUGCGGGAAUAAGUAAAAAACCCGAAACUUUUAUCAGGCAAGCACUGCAUUGUGUUCUCUUCCACGGCGGUGUCCCUUGGAAGCUGCCUCUGCGUGGUCGUGGCUACGGGCAUGAGCACGGAGAUAGGGAAGGUGCAGAGUGCCGUAAAGGAAGCGGCCGAAGACGAGGAGAAAACGCCCCUGCAGCAGAAGUUGGACGACUUCGGCGACAUGCUGGCGAAGGUGAUUUUCGCGAUCUGCGCGGUCGUGUGGCUGAUCAACUACAACCACUUCUUCGACCCCGUCCACGGCAGUUUCCUGCGCGGGUGCAUCUACUACUUCAAAAUCGCGGUUGCCCUCGCGGUCGCCGCCAUCCCGGAGGGGCUUCCGGCGGUCAUCACCACCUGCUUGGCUAUGGGAACGCAGAAAAUGGCGAGGCGUAUAGAUAUUUUGCAGCAAAGUAGUUUCAUGACGACUUCUGAUAAGGUCUUCUCUGUACCGGAUUUCCAAGUGGAUACACAAGCUCUGGGUGGCGUUUCUUGGAUUGUUCGAAAGAGAUGAAAAUUUAAAUUAUGCUUCCGAAAAUAAAACAGGGAACUGCAUCGUGCGGAAGCUUCCGUCGGUCGAGACGCUCGGGUGCACCACCGUAAUUUGCAGCGACAAGACCGGAACCCUGACGACAAACGAGAUGGUAGCCAUCAAGCUCGCGAUGCCGGUGAGCCGAACCGAGGUGGCUGAGUUCGACGUGGAGGGGCACAGCUACGCACCCAUGGGUGUCGUAAACGGCUUCCAGAUGUCGGCCUCCGGAGACUCAUUCGCCAAGUGCGCCACGCUCUGCAACGAAUCCCGCAUCGAACUCGGCCCGGACGGCCGAUACCUCAGAACGGGCGAGCCAACGGAGGCUGCCAUCCGGGUAUAGUUCGUUUUCAACAAUUUGAUGAACAGUUUCAGCGCUGCGAUAAUCCUAGUGCCGUGGACAAUUUUCCUCGCGUGUUUGUUCUUUAAACAGCCUCCAAUCAAUCUAUCAAAUUUAAACUAGGUGUUAGCGGAGAAGAUGGGGUGCAAGGACUCACGGUUGCACAACAAGCUGUACCAGAAGAACCGAGCGCCCAACGACGCGCAGGGCUUCUCAGAUUACUACGCCGCGGGCUUUCAAAAGCUGGCCACCCUGGAGUUCGCCCGCGACCGAAAAAGCAUGAGCGUGUUGGGGAAAUCAAAGGUAUUCAAACUGCUUGCAGCUUGUACAGAACCUUCGUUGAGAAACCAAAUUCAGUGCCUCUUUGAUAAGAACGGUCGCUGCAAGUAAAAUACAAACGAAACGAACUCGUAGACUGUGCCCGCCCGACUGUUUUUACCGGUAGUAAGUACCUACCACAUCGCGGAUUGAAUUUCCUUUCCUCAUUACAGGACACCGCCGGGAACGUGUUGUACGUGAAAGGUGCCCCGGAGAGCAUACUGGAACGGUGUGAGACCUUCAUGCUUCCGGACGGGAGCGUGGCCCCGUUGAGCGCGGGCAUGAAGAAGAGCCUGCAGAACACGGUGGAGGGCAUGGCGUCCCAGGCCCUGCGCACACUCGCGCUGGCGGAGAAGAAGUCGCUGCCGACCCCCCUGAGCAGUUACGACGGCAAGCCCGGGCACCCGGCCCACAAACUCAUCGCGCCGGAGAGCUUCCGGCAAAUCGAGAGCAACCUGUGCUUCCUCGGCCUGGUGGGGAUACACGACCCGCCGCGGCCCGAGUGUCGGCAGGCCAUCGAGGAGUGCAGACAAGCGGGGAUCAGCGUUAUCAUGAUCACUAUCAAAUGUAAAAAUGUCUGGGUCUGGAAAAGUGCCAGGCUUGUCAACAUGCUCUGCUAGCAUGACUGUUAAGUCUGUCAUGCAAGACACUCAAAAGCGCCACUUUUGUGUCAUGCAAAAACCCACUUUCUCAUGCAGAAUAGGCAACACCAAGCGACUCAAAAACCUGUCAUGCUGAGCCGUCAUUUCUGGCGUUCUCUUGAUUCGCCAACCAGCAUCACAAGUUUCCAGACCCAGACAUUUUUACAUUUGAUAAUCACCGGGGACAACCAGCUGACCGCACAGGCCAUCGCCACGAAUUUAGGCAUCCUCAACGAACACGACAGAUUUAUCCUGAGUAAAAACGUCCCCACACCAGAGUCAGGAUGGGGAUUUUGCAACACAAACCUAGGAGUUUUGGGAGUCACGCAUGACAAAUUGCACUCCGCAGUGUAGUGCUGGUUAGCAAGUGCAGCCGCAUCACAGAUUCGUCUGCUCAUCCUGUUCACAGCAUCGCAAAUUCCAAAACACGACUGGAAAUGGCUCUCAUGGGGAUGCGCAUUACAAGUCUUCCCGUCUUUGCAAAUCUGCAUUACAACUCUGGUGUGGGUACGUUUUUACUCAGGAUAAGAUUGGGGGAGAAGAGCUUCACGGGCGCGCAGUUCGGCGCCCUCACGGAGUCGGAUAAGCUCCGGGUAUAUAAAAUCUAUUUGAUUUUAUUUUAAUAUCAGGUGUUGGAAUUUCAUAUGGUCGCCCGGUGCUGACGGGUGAAUAAAAUCAAAAUUCUAUAUGAUUGUUGCUGUAUCUUCUUCAUGAAAUAAAUCCCCUCGCCCAUACAGGUCCUUGCGAACAUGAUUUCUGGGCCCAACGGGGGCGGUGUCUUCUCCCGUACGGAGCCGAAGGACAAACAGGCGAUCGUGAAGAUUUUGUCCCAGCUCGGCGAAAUCACGGCCAUGACAGGAGACGGCGUCAACGACGCGCCGGCUCUGAAGCAGGCCUCCAUCGGGGUGGCCAUGGGAAUCGCGGGCACGGAAGUCGCCAAAGAAGCCAGUGACAUGGUGUUGGCAGAUAUCACAAGAAAAAAGUGUUACAGGUACGCAUUUGUUGGAGUUUCUGCAUCACAAAUUCUCUCUGUGUGGCAGGCAAAGCUUGUAAUGCAAAGAUCAUAAGGGAAAAUACGUAGGAAACGAGGCUCGCAAACUUUUCGGCAUGACAAAGGUUGUCUGUCUUGCGGCUCCUGCAACACAAUGUGUAGCUGUAACACUUCUUUCUUCGCAUAGCACACGACAACUUCAGCACCAUCGUCCACGCCGUCGAGGAGGGACGAUCGAUUUACAACAACAUGAAGGCGUUUAUCCGGUAUAAGUAGUUGUUUUUUUUUCUGUCAUUACGCAGCGAUAGUAAACUUGAUCCAUGACCAUGACUCCGUGAAGGAACUACAAAUUAGUAGUGUUCGACGAGUAGUUCCUGAGGCGCCAAUCGCGCCUGCUUGUCGUGGAUUUGAGACAAAUAAUUUCAGUCCCCGCGUGUUUUGCAUUUCAAUUUUCCUCCCUCCAUCCACCCAGGUACCUGAUUUCGUCCAACAUUGGUGAAGUGGCGUCUAUCUUUUUCACGGCCGCGCUGGGCAUUCCGGAGGGGCUGAUCCCGGUGCAGCUCCUGUGGGUCAACCUCGUCACCGACGGGCCACCCGCCACCGCGCUCGGCUUCAAUCCGCCGGACGUGAAUGCGAUGAAGAAGCCUCCGCGGCGAAAGGACGACAUGCUGAUCUCUGGUUGGGUCUUUUUCCGUUACAUGGUGAUCGGGAUCUACGUCGGGUUUGCCACCGUCGGUAUCUUCAUCUAUUGGUACUGCAUGGACAACAAAGCGCCGGAUCAACACACGCUGGUCUCGCUCGAGCAGCUCAUGAACUGGGGAAAAUGCAACAGCGGCGAGGGCAUCUGGUCCGGCUUCUCCGUGAAACCGCUGCCCGGCAUGGAUCUGUCCACAGGUACUAGCUAUAUCUGAAUCUUUGUUUGGAAAAGGGUCUCAUUAUUCGGAUUUGCUGUUGCUUUCUCCAUUCGUACGGGGUCAUGCGAAGAUCGAACUGUCUUUGCACUCUUUAUUUCCGUGGUUACUCUCAUCUUAGUCUCACAACCAUCCGGAUCAAAACUUUUCAUUUCGGAAUCACUUUUGGAUUUGGACCGAUCCACCCUGAACUACAAAACAGAACCCUGCGAAUACUUCCGGAAGGGAAAAUUGAAGGCGUCCACGCUGUCGCUGUCCGUGCUGGUGGUCAUCGAAAUGCUGAACGCGCUGAAUGCCCUCUCCGAGGACGGUUCCCUGCUCCAGAUGCCGCCGUGGAAGAACCCGAUGCUGAUCCUGGCUAUCAUCGGCGCCACGGGCAUUCACAUGAUCAUCUUGUACAUCACCGCACUCAACCCCGUCUUCUCCGUGGUCCCGCUGGACCAGCACGAUUGGUUCCUGGUACUGGCGUUCUCCUUCCCGGUCAUUCUCAUCGACGAAAUUCUGAAGUUCUUCGGUCGCAUGACCACAGCCGUGGACCGCCGCGCGCGCACGAUCAAGGCCGACUAAACUACGGAGCGGAUUGUUUAUAUGCAAGAUAGAAGAUGAGUAACGAGAACGAGAAACGCGAAACAACGGAGACAGAAGAAACCUGAACCGUGUAUGUGAUCCUGUAGCUAAUGAACGAUAGCGGACCACAACAUCACCACUCCCGGUGUUGUAGUGUAUACGAUGUUGAGAAUGAAUACUUCGACAAAAAAUGAAACAAGUUUGCAGUUCUUUGUUCGUAGCCCGGCGACCUCGGUGAGCCGUUGCCGAGGGUUUUAGAAAAAAGCGUUUUGCGUAGUACCCCAGCAUACUUAGUCCGGGACGGCUCUUCGUGUAGUAAAACCCCACGAGCGAUAAAAACAGAUUGACGCCCCUUGUUCACGAAUUUGAAGUAGAGCCCUGUCAUGUACGAAGAGAUUUGCCGCCUCCCUGCACACUGUGGCCGCCGGUCCCUGCAUGCUUUUUCACGACAGACUGGAACAUCAAAUAGCGACAUUUCAUCGACGUUUCGGGAAGACGGAGAAAGACCGGCGUCAUGCUGGUCUUUUCUUCUCGGACCUAUUCUCUUAAAAACACGACAAACUUGCAGCGACCUCAUUUCAGCGUCGCGUAGUUUUGCGUCUUCACAACGCGAAUCAAAAACCAAAAAACUGACAUGUGAAAGAAGAGACAUUGUUGCUUUUUAGCAUACAGCUGGGUACAGCGAUG